UUUCAAUUUGAUUUGCGUAUAACGCUGUACUGGGUAUCUUAGCGGACAUCGAGGACGAAGAUGAAGAGAUAUAUCGUAUGAAUAAAUAAAUAUGAACGAUUAAUUGAAUAAACUAUACUAUUACAGAUUUUAUCUAUUAGUUCUAGCUUCUUAUUAUCUCUUGAUUCCCGACGAUGACUACUAUCCCUUCAAGAUUGGCACACGUAACAAAAUCGUCAACUUCAUUCGCAGAAGCUCACGCUAGAGCUAGAACUCUUUAUCGUGACUUUUAUCGUAGCGCACCAAGUAUCUGUGCACUUUAUUCAUUAAAUAUUCCACCAUCACAGAUUAGAGCAAAAAUUCGUCAGGAGUUUGAAAAGAACAGAAAUCUCGACGAUUUGAAUGUGAUAGACUUAGUUUUAUUCAAAGGUAGACAGGAAUACCAAGAAACAAUGAACGCAUGGAAGCAAGAAACUCACAUUAUGCGCUGGUUUGCAUUGGAAGAAGCACCACCUAGACCACAAACUUUCCUUGAAAAAUUCUACGCUGGUCGCGAUGAAGAUCAAGUAUAAAUUUAAUACAUGGCUUUUACAUUAAUAAUGUGAUUUUCUAUGUUGGUUUUCUGCUUUCUAAAUAUGAGGCUCUCAGAACAGGAAGCUCGUAUUCUUCAGAUUGACCCCUACUACAGUCUUUCAGCUUAUCAAAGUCAUCGUAGUCUUGGCUUGGUGAGGAGGAGAUAGUUGACACAUGACCAUUGUUUGGAAUAGUUGAUCUUAGUAUGCUCAAUAAAGUAUAUCAAUCGUAUCCCUAUACUCACCGUUGAAGUCUUGCUCUGAGGAAUGGAAAGCAAAAGAGUAAGCAACGGACGUACUCUUUCCGGGAUUCUUCAGCAAAUCCGAAGAAAAAAAAGAAAAUAAUAGCUGUUAUGAUUGGCAAUAACCAGCUUGCUAUGUUCGCACCUAACUGAUGUUCGUUUAGUUCGGAAAGUUUUACCUGGUAAAUCUUUGAAAAAUAGACAUGAACUUGGUCCCAGCUCUUGUAAGGCAAUAGCCGUCCACUGUUUGCUUGAAGGUUGACGACUAAUUGUACUACUGCAGCAACGAUGGUGAGAAUAAAAAUCGUCAUAGCAAGGCCUAUCAGUCUGAUAAAUUUACUUUUCGUCAACCCGUACUUCUUCAUUUUAAACAAGUCCAUGAAAGUUUCUCGAUAUUUGUAGAACGCCCUGAAAGUCUUAACUAUUGAGUGUUAAACUAGUUCAACAUUAAGUGUGAAAGGACACACAUGAAUAAUAAGCCGCUACUAUUGCGCAUAUGAAAGGAAGGAGGGACGUAUGAACAAGAGAAAGCCAGGAAGGCCAAAUGACUGGCAUACAACCUAUACCCUCAAUAAUGUUAAACCGACGAUCUUGAAUGACCACAUGUAAAGCCAUGUAGAUGAUAGGAACUACUACACCCUAUACCAGAUAAGUUGCGUAGAAGACAAGCGGCGGUAGCCGGAAUUGCGAUGUUUGCGCCAAUAACCAAUUUCGUCGCUAUGUCAGACGGGAGUAGAUAAAAUUGACGCCAAUAAUCCAUACUGUAAGUAUAAGAAUGUUGGUAUUGCCGACUCGAUAAUGCCACGAGCAAGGGAGAAUCGUUAUAAUGACUGCUAUUAUAGAUAUUAUUGGGAUUGC